AUGGGUUGGAGACCAAAAGACAUUGCUACUAAGUUGGAGAAGAAGGAGGAACUGGAUAUUGAGGAAGCUCGACGGCUCUUUUACGAUUUUGAAUUGUUGAACAACAAAAACGUGGGUUUAUAUUGAUUUUGGUUAAAGUUGAACGUUUAGGGCUUUAAACUAUGCGUUUACUUGGUGUUAUAUCGGAUAUCAGCGGAAGAGAUUUGGUCGAAAAUCUGUGAUCUAGCUUUGAAAGGAAAGUUGAACAAGUAAGUCAAUAUAAUAUGAAAAGGGGCUCAAAACAUCAUAAGUAGCUUUGCAAGUCUUUAAGCAAGCUUUUCAACGUCUAUUUUAUAUUUUAGGAAGUACGCCGAGGUUCUAGGACAGCUUUUAUUAGUAUAUUAUGUUAAAUCACCUGAAUUUGAGACUGAAAGAACGUCGAAGGGCCACAAACCAGAGUGGAAGGAGAGAAUCGGGACUGAAGUGUUCAAGCCACUAAUGGAAUCUUGCAUUUUAUCUAAAAAACGAUCUGUGGCCGAAGUUUUUCGUCUCGUAAGUGAAUUAUGCUAUUAUUUAUCUUGUUUUAGGUAUUUGGAGCUUUAUUGAAAGAAAGAAGAUCUGAUUUGAACGUGAGGUUGUUCAACAUUAGUAAAGGGAUUGUUUGGAAGCAUAUUGAUGUAGGUUUUUGUUUUAGAAGUUGUUUGAAGUCUUAAUUGUACACUUCUAUCAGUUUUUAGAUGUUUUACGCCAAUAAUAACAUAAAUUUAGUCUCCAAACGACAAUAUUCGAUUAGGAGCAUAUUUUGUGCAACAAUCACUGUUUCCACCGACUUCUGAAGAUCAAGGGGAACAAGAUAAAUACAUGGGAAGACAUUUGAGGGCUUUUGCAAAUGCUCUAGAAGACUUAUCGUUACCUAUUCGAUUGAUGUCGAUUGAAAAUGUCAUGGAAAAGUUUUGUUUUUGGUUUGACGAGGUUCCAAAUGAGUUUAGAAAGGAAUUACGACGAGUGUUGGUCACUCUUGUAACUGAUGUCAACGCUAAAACAAGGUCUUCUGUUUUUAAGGUAAGUUUUUGUUUUUUUAAAGUUUCUCAAAUGUUUUAGGUAUGAAUUUUGUUUUUUUUGCAAUUUUAAAGGGUUUUUCUAAUUUAAAGUUAAAUUUUAAUGAAUUUUUUUAGGCAUUUCGAUUUUUCUCGGCCCAAAUUUCAAUUUCUGCCAAAAAUUGGGCCAAAGACUUUCUAAAAGCGUAUGUAAAGGAUGGUAUAGAUGAUGUUGAUGACUCCGUGAGACUGGCUGUUUUUAAAUUACUUAAUGUUCUUAAAAAUGACUCUGAAUUUGUAAGUUUUUUAUUCAAAAAUUUAUUCUUUAAAAGAUUUUUAAAGGUUUUAUUAUAUUUUUUCAUUUAAUGAAUAUUUUUGUAAAAUACGGAAUUUUGUAUUGAUCAUGUACUUUUCAGUAUUUUUUUAUAAAGUUUUUAUUUUUUUUGAUAUUUUAUAUCAAUCAUGACAUAAAUAACAUUUCAGGACAUUUACUACCUGAUUGAUCUCUCCGCGAUUCUAAAUCGCCUUGACUUUGAGGAAAAUGAAGACAUUGAAGUCAAGAUAGCUGAAUUGUUGUUUGAAAAAUGGUUUGGCGCGGUUUCGUAUGUACAAAAGUUUCUGAACAUAUCACAGUUGUGUAAAAUCAAUUGGAAUGCCACUUUGGAUCUACAUCGAAUUAUCAUUGGGGAGGAGAUUAUGAGCAAUGAAAAGUCAUGUAAGCUAUGUUGAUUGGGAGAUUUCAAGGGUUGUGUAGGGCUGGGUACGGCUGUGAUGAGCAGGGUAGAAGGGGUAAGGGAGGUGGGUUUGGGUAACGUAAUUGCAUUAGGUAAGUUAGGGCAAGAGUAAACCAAUAACAGGACAAAGCUGGAGCAAGGGUAGGUUAGUCAUGUAAGCUAUGUUAUUGGGAGAUUUCAGGGGUAGUGUAGGGUUGGGUAAGGCUGUGAUGGGUAGGGUUAAGGGAGUUAGGGUGUUGUAAAACGUGAAUAACAAGGUUUUUCAAUUACAGUAUCCUACAUCUGUGGUCUGUCCGAACUUUUACCUCCAAUUUUGAACAAAGCCUGCGGCGAAAACGUGGCUCUUGACAGCGAUUUGGGCAGGGAGUUUAGCAGUCAAAGCAGUGAUAAGAGUAAGUUUAUUCAAUGCAAAAUGUUAAGCUUCUUAUUACUCAAAUUGAUUUUUGUAAUAUGAACUUUAACACUUACGGAAAGUUUUGACAAAAUGAAUUUUUUUGUGAAAAUUUCAAUUUUCAUGAAGUAUAAAAAAUGAAAAAUUUAAUAAACUAUUAAUUUGUAGGACUCUCAGUCUUAAAAGACGUCAUGGACUGCCUAAUAGUUGGCUACACUCUACUACAACCCGAGCUUCAGCAGAUUUGCGGGACUCAACAAUCAGAUCUCGAAGUUAUCGUUAUUCAAAGAAGAUUUACUGAAUGUAUUCAAAUCAUCAUGGAGAAGUUGAGUGAUGAUGAUGGACUAAUGGACACAGCGAUGACAUUGGCUACAAUGUCACCCAAAACUGUCAAUUGUCUGCCAAAGUUUAAGCUAGACACGGAAAGACAGAUUCGAAGUGGGAAGCUGGAUGAGAAACGGCUGCAGGUGGGGUUACUGUAACUUUUGGGGGAGGUUUUAUUGGGUAUUGUAUUAGGAGAGGGUUUUGUAGCUUUUGGGAAGAUUAUUGAGGGAUGCUGUAGUUUUUGGAGCGAGUUAGUAGGGUUUUAAAGCGUAUUGUUGCUUUUGAACGUUAAAAUAAGUUUAUAAUGACAAGGUUUUUUGAUGUUGUACUAGAUAAAAUAGUUUUUAAUAGGAACAAUAACAUAAUUAUGGGCAAUUUUGGUAAAAUACGUUGUGCUUUGAUUACGUUUUUUAAUAAAAAUUUUAAUUUUAGGUAUUUGCAAUGUCGGACAUGCAAAAAGUGGUUUCUUUCUUGUUGGAAGGCCUAGAUCAAUGUAAAACUUCAUCUCAAAAGUUCUUGGCUUCGUCUCCAGCACCGACUAAAAAACCACGCCUUUCGUCAGUUUUUAUGAAUGAGGAUACAAUCAUUGAUGCGUUGAAUUGUCUGAUCAGUACACCGAUCACCAAGGAUUAUUUGCUAACGGUAGGGGUUGAAAUUCAAAAAUAAUUUUUUUUUGAAAAAUUGACGUUUUUAUAUUAAUAUUGGGUUAAUAAGCCUCUUUUAGGAGUACGAAGUCUCAAUCGGCCAAAUCACUGCCUUACUCUACGAAAUCCGAGAAAACUACAUGUAUGCCUUAAGGCCGAAACGAACCAAAUUUAAUCAGUACAAUUACAUUGUGAAAGUCAUCGAUCUUCUCACAGUAUUCUUGAUCUUCAAAUACGUCGGAAAUGAAGAACAACAGCUAGAACAGACUCCAAAAAAGAAUGGCUCGAUUAAAAGGGACAAAGCUCCAAUCUCAAGAAGGAGAAGUUCACUGAAAUCUACUCCCAAAUCAGUCAGGAAACGAAAACUGAGCGAUGAAAUGUCAUUUGAAAGCACACAGAAGAUUGACCCACUGAUCAAGGAGGUGGAUCUCUACAAGUUCCACUUUCAAAUGUGUCCGAAUGCGAUAAUGAAAAAGCCAGAGAUCAGUGGAGCCAUCUGUAGAUCGAUCGGGUUGAUUGCCAAGGCUUUUGUGCAUAGAAAGGAUGUUUUGAAGGAUGCACAGGUCUUGAUGGACAUCUUUGUUGAGUACAAGGUAAAUUUUUUGGGUGGGAACCCUCUUUCUCCUUUUUUGAUUACAAUAGGUUGUUCAAAUAGUUCUGUGCAUCCUAAGACCGAAAGUUUGUUUUGGAAGGGGGCACAGGUCUUUUGAAAAACCUAAUAUAAGAUCGAUUCGAUAACUUACUUGAUUAAAGGACAUGAUCAAUAAAUUACUAGAGAAAAUAUUAUAAUUAUGUUUUAAUACUGAUAAUAAAUUUUUCAGGAAACCCACCCCCAAACAGCUUUUCCAGAAUCCGACUACUCAGAAUGCUGUAAAUCCAUCGAUCAUGCUCUACAGUUUGCUACAGAACCGGUACUGAUAGAUUCGGCGAAUGUAACUCCAAUUACCUCACGAUCUUAUAGAAGUCUGUCUUCUAACUCGUACAGUCCUGAAUUGUAG